GCCAGAUAAUAUAGUAUCGUGAUAGUGCGAGUAUAUUGAAUUAUGGAAAAAUCGAACGAUUCCUUCGUAUUCGAUUUCGAAGCGGAAUUUGAUGAAAAAAAAGCACAUUCAUGGAUAAAAGAACAUUGGACCGACACGUUCUACUUCAAUGUUGUCUAUUUGAUGGUGAUAUUCUCAUUGAAGAAGUUCAUGCAGAAUCGGCCACCCUACAAAAUGAUGAUACCUGCAGUGAUCUGGAACAUUUUCUUAGCUAGCUUCAGCAUAAUAGGUACCAUCAGAACAUUUCCCGAGCUUAGGCGUUCUUUGAGUUUUCAUGGUAUCCACCAUUCCAUCUGCGACCAGUCGUUUAUUGCCACAGACGAAGUGACUCGAGUAUGGGUGUAUUUAUUCGUGCUAAGCAAAAGUUGGGAGCUGCUGGACACAGUUUUUGUAGUUUUGAGAAAACAUCCGCUGAUCUUCCUCCAUUGGUAUCAUCAUAUGAUAGCUCUCGUGUACAGUUGGGUUAGCUACUCUGAAUUAAUAUCUACUUCUCGUUGGUUCGUCAUCAUGAACUUUUUUGUUCAUUCGUUAAUGUACUCUUAUUACGCUCUUCGAUGUUUGAAAUUCAAGCUACCGAAGCAGAUAUCAAUGAUUAUAACUACACUGCAAAUCCUACAAAUGGUCAUAGCCUUUUCGGUGAACAUCUACGCCUUUUACCUAAUACAACAAGGUAUUGAAUGUGGUAUCUCCAUUUGGAAUAUUCGUUUUUCCACAGUUAUGUAUAUGAGUUUCUUUGUUUUAUUCUCUCGUUUCUUUUAUAAGGCCUAUCUAUCCAAUAACAAAGUGGAAGAAAAAAACGUUAAAGGUUAUGAUCAUUUGGCGGCCACUUCUAAGAAAUCUAAAUGAAUUUAGAAUUGUAACAUGACGUUUUAUUUUAAGAUUUAA